AUGGGCACCACCAUGAUGGACAAGCUGGCUGGGCUUGCUGGAGAGCUCACCGAGGCAGAUGAGCAGCAGCAUAAUGCACCAAGAAGGGGGCACAGGCCAGUCGCGGACAAGCGCAAAGCCGCCUACCCUAAUGGGCUGGCAGGGGCAGGGGGCUCAGCAGACGCAGCUGAAGGUUCAGAGUCUUCAGAGGAUGCCCCGAGGCCUCCAAAACGAACCUGCAGGACUGCAAGGAAGACUGUCCGCCCAAGACCAUCCGAAUCAGCAAACCCAAGUGCCGGCAACAUGCGGACAGCCAAGAACGAAGCCAUGCGCCCAGCAAGCCGCCCCGUACAGCCCCAGGAACCGCCAGCGGCCCCAGCUGCGCAGCUAGCUGCCGCUGCAGCGCCACCAGCACAGCCCCAGCCUGUGGAGGCGCCUCCUGUAGCCCUCAUCGCGCACCCUGCAGAGUUUGCAGCCCCGGCACCCCCCGUCGCGGCAGCGCCGCCUGCUCGAGUGAUCCCGCCACCGCCGCGGCCGGGGAUGCAGCCCCACGAGAUCCCUCCGAUCGUGGAGGCGCCGCCGCCUCCGCCGCGGCCUGAGCCGCGCUUCCGCCCCGAGCGCCGCGAGCUCCUGCGGCCUCAGCGGUGUGUGUGGUCUCUGGGCCCGCGUGAGCCGGCCGUGACGGUGCCGCCGCGCGUCAGCCCCUCGGCCGACAGCCCUGGCGACUCCGACAACGACAGCGCCAACAGCACCGUGGCCCCGCUGCACUGCCCAGCUGCCGUACCGGCGCAGCCCCGCGGGUACGCGGCCACCCUUGCAGCUAUCAUGGACUGGAGUGCGCCGGCUUGGCCUGCAACCCGCGCCGCAGCCCGCGGCCCCGCCCCAGGUGCAGCUUCGGCAGGAGCCGGCGAGGCGCGCGCUCCCGCCCCGGCCCCGGUGGGCCGCCGCAAUCGGCACACGGAGAUGUUGCGCUGCGGCCCAACCCUGCCGCUGGCGCCGCGCAUCCCCAAGAGGCGCAUCGAGGUGGCCGCUCCCCGAGCUCUCCAGCACGACUCCUCCGACGAGUCCUCUGACAACGAAGCCGCUCUGCCAGCCGGUCCAACGGCGUCCGAGAAGGGCAAGGCGCCCGCCAUGGAAGAAGAAUAUGAGGACUAUGCCAACGAGGCCGGCCCAAGCGCGCUUCCUGAGGAAGCUGCCCAGGGAGAGCAGGAGGCUCCUGUGUUCCACCACCGCAUGGCCCCAACCCCCGGCGGGUCCAGCAGCACAGCCGCGCCCGAGGCCGACAAGUCUGACAUGGCGCCGGCAGUCGAGGAGCCGGCCCAGGGAGAGCGGGUCCUGAUUUACCCAAAUCCUCACCGCCGCAAGCGCCGCGGCAAAACCCGUUCGCUCAAAUCCAUGACGCGCAAAUUGCCAGAGAUGACGCCUGUGGCACAGCGUGCGGCGCGGCGGGACUUCACGGGCCGCGCCCCGCCCUGCGCCCUGCUCCCAUGGCAGCCUCCUGCUGCCGGAUUGCAGCCCGCCACACCCGCAGGACAGCCCGUCAGGGCUGAGCUGGUCUCUGGCAAGAAGCCCGCCAAUGCACAGAGCGGCGGCAAGAGGAAGCAAGCGCAAGCGCCCCCUGUACUGGAGGAAAGCGAUGGGGGCUCAGUGGCAGCUGCAUGGGGGCAGAAGGAUAGGUGCCGCAUAGUUGGAGGAUCUGGGGAUGUCAGUGAGGGGCCAUCUUUAGGCGCUGCUGUCGCCAAGGGCGCCGGGAAAGAGCCCUCACCUAAGGGUCGCAGUCGCGGUCGCGAGAGGGGCAAGUGCCCCGCACCCCCAAAACCGCGCCAGAGGUGCCUGCGAAUGCAGGCCAGCGGCCGUGGGGCGGUGUCAUUUGACACCUCGUCUAUGCCAUCCGGCGAAGAGGAACAGCCUGGAGAGGGCAAUGAUCAGGUGCAGCCCGCUCCUCGGCGAAAAUGGACUGCGAAGGAGGCUCUGGAGCUGGCAAUGGAGCAGUGUCCUCAGCUGCGGGCAGCGGUGCAUGCUGAGCAGCAGCGGUGGGCAGCGCAGCAGGCUCUACUGCAGCAGGCAGUGCGGGAGGUCACUGCGCAGGAGAACAACGCACCUGAAUAUCAGGCAGGAGCCGAGCCAUCACAGCCUGUGGAGGUGAAUUCAUGCGUCGCGUCAAAGGCGCAGCUCAACGCGCAACUGAUGCAGCUCCUGGCAGAGGAGACAGAACUGGGAAACGAAGCUCUUGCCAAAGCAGAGACUGCCCGCCGGUCAGAGCAAGGACUGCAGCACCUGCGCAUGCGGGAGGAUUGCCAGAAGAAGAUUGUGGCCGACCACAAGGUUGCAGCGCAGGGCGUGGCCAGGGCAAUGAAGGCCUGUGACGUGACCAAUCAGCGCGUGACGGAUACGCAGGCGAAGAUCGCGGCGCUGCAGGAGGAGCUGCAUGGCCGGAUCACAGUGGCCGAGGCUGCGCACCUGAACUCCGUAGUGGCAUCGCGCAGAGAGCACGCCUUCCUCGAGGACCUGGCGUUCUUCGGCGGUGAGAUUGGGCAUCUUCUGCUGCAGAACGGUCUCCCCGACUUGGAGGUGGUGGCGAACAGCAUAGAGCUGCAGAGGGGCCAUGUGAAGGCCAUGCGGGAAGCUGCCGAGGAAGCUGCCCGGAAGCUGGAGGCCCUCCGCGAUGACAAGAGGCGCAUCAUUGACGCAUGGCAUGGCAGCAACCCGGCAACCCGGCAACUCGGCAUGGCAGCCGAGCGCAAUGGUGCGCAGGGCGUUGAAGGCCCCACCGCGGCCAUGCCACCACCGGGGUGCGUUCUGAAUCACCUCUCCAAGGAAAAACGUUAG